AUGUCGACUCCGUCUCUGCUGAUUCUGUACGGGAGCCAGACCGGGACGGCCCAGGACACGGCCCAGAGGAUCGGCCGGCAGGCGCAGAGGAGGUGGCUGCAAGUGCGCGUGUUGCCGCUGGACGACUACAAUGUGGCCAACCUGAUCUCGGAGUCUCUGGUGGUUUUUGUGUGCGCCACCACUGGACAAGGAGACCCUCCUGACAACAUGAAGAAAUUCUGGAGGUUCCUGUUCAGAAAGUCUUUGCCUGCUGGAUCUCUGUGUCAGCUGGACUGUGCCGUGCUGGGCCUGGGUGACUCGUCCUAUCCCAAAUUCAACUUUGUGGCUAAGAAGCUCCACAAGCGCCUUGUGCAGCUGGGUGCCAGCGCGCUGGUGCCUGUUGGCCUGGCAGAUGACCAGCAUGACCUGGGGCAAGAUGCUGUGAUCGACCCUUGGCUCAAAGCAUUCUGGGACAAAGUGUGUGUUUUGUAUCCAUCUUUAGCUGGUGUAACCCCACUUAGAGAGUAUGAACCACUUCCUCCAAAGUACGUUUUCCACUUCCUGGAUACUGUGAAAGAGACGACAGAUGGCAGAAUGAGGAUUCCCGAAGGAUCAGCUGUUCCCUCCCAGUCCCACCCCUUCCCUGCUAGACUGGUGUCCAAUAGGAGAGUAACGGAUGCCUCCCACUUUCAGGAUGUCAGGCACAUUGAGUUUGACAUCACUGGGUCCAAUAUUGAGUUUGCUGCUGGUGAUGUGGUGAUGAUGCGUCCGUGUAAUGCACCAGAGGAUGUACAGCAGUUCUGUCAACUGCUGAAACUUGACCCAAACUCCCAAUUUACCCUGAGUGCCACAGACAACACAGCAGUUCCAGCUAGCCUUCCUCAGCCCUGCACGGUGCGCCACCUGGUGGAGAGUUACCUGGACAUUGCUGCUGUGCCUCGCCGUUCCUUCUUCGAGCUGCUGUCCACUUUUUCCACCAACAAUCUGGAAAAGGAGAAGCUGAUCGAGUUCAGCUCAGCUGAAGGACAGGAUGAGCUGCAUAGCUACUGCAACCGGCCUCGGCGCACCGCCCUGGAGGUGUUGGCAGAUUUUCCCCACACUACAGCCGAGCUGAAGGUGGAUUAUCUCCUGGAUCUUUUCCCUGAAAUCCAGCCACGCUCCUUCUCCAUCGCCUCCUCCCUCAAGGCACACCCACACAGGCUGCAGAUCCUGGUAGCUGUGGUCCGCUACAAAACCAAGCUGUUUAAGCCAAGAAAAGGCCUCUGCUCCACAUGGUUAGCCUCCCUGGACCCUGCACAAGGGCCAGUAUAUGUGCCUUUGUGGGUGAAGAAGGGAAGUAUGAAGUUUCCAAAAGAGAUGGACACCCCAGUGAUAAUGGUUGGACCUGGAACAGGAGUGGCACCUUUCAGAUCCGCCUUACAGGAGAGGAUCGCCGAGGGAAAAGCUGACAACGUCCUCUUCUUUGGCUGUCGUUCCGAGUUCAAAGACUUUCACUUCAAGACCGACUGGGAGGAGAUGAGGAAGGCUGGACAGCUCGCACUCUUCUGUGCCUUCUCCAGAGACCAGGAGGACAAGGUUUACGUGCAGCACCGUGUGGAGGAGCAGUCGAAACUACUGUGGGACCUGAUUGCCAAUAAAGGUGCCUACUUUUAUAUCGCAGGCAAUGCCAAACAGAUGCCAGCCAGUGUGUGUGACGCACUGAAGGCGGCGUUUCAGCAGGAAGGAGGUCUGUCCGUCCAGGAGGCAGACCAGAUGCUGGACGCCAUGGAGAAGACGGGCCGAUUCCAGAGCGAGACCUGGUCUUGAUCACAUGACCUCUGACCGGCUCCCUCGUAAAGUCAGAUUCACAUUUUUGUUGGCAAACUGGUGAAGUGUUUGGCUGCUCCCUGAUUUCAGAACAGUCACUGCCCAUUUAACAGCAGCACGGCCAGUAUGUGCAGGGUGUCAGCUCUCCAGCACUACGGAGAUUUAUGUGGAUGCAAGAGAAGCUUUUUUGAGAUGUUAUUGAUGUGUAGAUCAGUAAAAGACAUUAUGGAGUGAAGUAUGGAUUCAUCUUAGAGUUCUGAAAUACAAAGUCAGGAUUCUGAGAUUGAAGUCAUACCUCUGACUUUCUCAGAAUUUUGCAAUUAAUCUCAGAGAUGACUUUUUUUUCCUUUUGUGUCCUAAUCUUGCUCUUCCCCAGUGCUGAUAUCUGCCUUGUCUGACUGAACUUAAAAUGUGUAUUUAUUCCAAAAUACCUAUUCCAUUUAAAUUACAACUUAGCCAGGUUGAUAUCUGGAAUACAAAGUGGGUUUUGGGCAUUCGCAUUUUUUAAUUAAGUGCUAAAACAUGUUAUUUUAAUGUUUAUAUUUACCUCAAAGAACAGAACAGAAAAAAAUACACAUCACUUGAAACCCUA